AUGGAUACUUCGCAGAGAAUCAAACUGUUUAUUUGGAAAUGCCUGCAAGAUGCAUUACCUACUGAACAAAAGUUAAAAUCAGUGGACAACAAAUGCGUUUUCUGUAAGACUGCGGUGGAAUCUACUUUUCAUCUGUUCUUUGACUGUGACUAUGCCAAAGCUGUGUGGAAUCUACAUCCAAUGGCAGUUCAGGGAUUACCUCACAGCUCAGCUUUUCUUGAUACUUAUUUCUUGCAUAAAUAUAAUGAAUGUUUAGCAGGAGAUUUGAAUUCCAUCUCAAUGGCACUAGCUGCAACAAAGUGCUGGUUUAUUUGGAAAGAAAGGUGUCUUAGGAUAUUUGAAGAUAAAUCUAGAACACCAAUUCAGUUAGCAGUAGAUAUAUUAAGACACUAUGAGUACUGGCAUCCAAUGACUUUGAAUAGCUUUGAUUUUGUUCUUCGUAAUUGGACAGGAACCUUCAAAGGAACAGAAUCAGGCAUCUCCAGGUCUUCCACUGCGGAAGAAGAAGAAGCUCUAGUUCUCCUUCAAGCAGCUAAAUGGGACAAACUACAUAACAUACAACAUCUGGUCAUAGAAGGAGAUAACAUGGCAACAAUUAGGUAUUUACAGGAAAAUGAAUCAACUGUCCAGUGGCAAAGCAUUGCAAUCCUAGAUGAAGUUAAGAAGCUAGUAAAACAAAUGGUAUCUUUUUUGGGUUUCCAGUACGUAGACAGACGAGCAAACAAAGUGGCAGACCAGUUGGCAAAGAAAGGAAGAAAAGGUAACACUGCAAUUUCUUGGUUAAGCCAAGCUCCCUUAUUCUUAAUUCCAAAAAUUGCUUUUCACACGGUCAAAGCUUACGAAUCUUGUAAUAUAAGCACAAACCUUGUAUCAGUUCAAGAGGAGGCUAAUCUUACAUAUUCAGUCAUCAGCAGGACAACUCUAUCAUUGGCUAUUGACUUUGUUUAUUGUCAUUAA